AUGGCCCGUGCGCUGAAAGUUUUCCUCUACAAGGGUGCGUCGAUGGGUAACAGUAUUCAAGACAAGGAGAACGGAGGUGAAUACAUUCAAGCACUCGAAACACACGCAUCAUCACUGGAGACCCUAUACUUGGAUCUCUAUCUCUUCUGGGAAAAUCCAUUCGACUUAAGUUGUUUCCCAGCUUUGAAACGACUCAUAACCGGCGCAAAACAACUUGGUGGCAGAUUUGGAAGCUACAAGCUAGAUAUUUUGCGAGGGCGGUUACCUCGAAGCUUGGAGCAUCUCACUUCUCGAGCAGAUAAUACUCACUUUUACCUUUCACCUGUCUAUCAGCUCGUCCUCAGUGAAGAGCUUCCUCAUCUGAUCAAAUUAACUUGUUUCAUGUCCCGCUGCCUUAGUCUGAAGGUUGGCAUGCGGAAAAUGUUAUGA